AAAACCGCCAACGCGAUAUCCAUAAAUAAAGCAAAAGCAAAAUUUAAUUUAUAUUUGAUAUUUGAAGAGGAGCUCAACAACACAACACGAUGCUUUGCGAUGAUGAUUUUAUUUGCUUAUGGUCGCAUCAGAACCAUGGCGCCCUCCCAACCGCAGCAAACACAUCACAAGCGGACACACUAUGCGCAACAAAGAAUAUUUGGGCGGGACGAGAGGACCCGAUGCAGAUGAUCUUCGGCAAACGUGGUAGUGGUGGUGUAGACGACAGCUCUGACGCCACAGCGCGCACUAGUCAGCAGCUCGAAGAUGAUGAAGUGAAUUUAAACGAUCCCGCCAAUGAAGAGCUACGCCAACGGAUAACGCAAAUGUUGACGAAGACAACGCUUGACAGUGACGACAAGAACUGUCUGCAACAGCUGAUACAAUUGGUGCAACACUUGGAUUUGUUGACGCAGCGCAGUGAACCGAAUUCGUUGAAUACCACAUCGUGCUCCAGCGACGAUGCGAACAGUUUGGAAAUGGUAAAAUCGCGUAUAUCGGACUACAGCUCAGCAUCGUCGCCGUCCAGUGCUCGCUCUACAUACGAAGCAAGCAGCGGCAGCCACACCAAUUCGUGCAUCAAAUCGAUCGCCAAGUCAGUCGUACCUGCCACAGCGCUACCGAACGCAGCUCGUAUUGUCGCCACAGUUUCGCCCUAUAAUAGCUCACCGCAGCAUCAAGCUGCGUACAACAACAACUGCAGCAGCAAUCAGAUAGUGCCGACAAACACACCGACUGAUUCGCCACGUAAGUCUCGUAACGCCUGGCAAAGUAACAGCCUUAGUGAGAGUGGCGUGUUCGUCGAGUCGGAUUUCUUGAGCGACAUUAGUGAGAACAACGUCUGCACACAGACAGACUUCGAGGACGAGAGCGUAUCAAACGCUGCCCGUGGCGUCUGCGAGGAGCUUCAGAAACUCCAUUGCAACGAUAGUAAUCGCAAAACCGACAUCAACAAAGUACCUGCCCACACAUUGCCAAACGCUGCUCCACAUUCGCCUAAUUUAAGCGAUCAAAAGCGAUUGCAGUAUUACAAAGAACGUCUCGCACUGCUCGAGAGCAAGGUGCUUAUAUACGAGAGCUCUGGUGAUUUGCAGCAUAAACGUUUGGCUGACCGCUUGCAGCGUGAGAUACUAUUGGAGAAGGAAUUGAAGGAGCUGCGUGAUCGCGUUGAAUUUUUGGAAGGUGAAAAUCUGCAACUCGAGGAGGAGAAGUGUGAAUUUGAAGAGGCUGAAAACGAUACGCGCCUACGUCUGCAACGCCUUGAAGUGGAGCUGGAGAUUUUAAGUCAACGGAACGUUGAACUUGAAAUGUCCAGAGAGGCACUGAGUGCCAAGUAUAAAGACUGUCGCUCAGAGUGUUUGAUUUUACGAGACGAUCUAGCCGCUACCGAAACUCAAAUUCGCCACCUCGAAGAAGAUAAGCAGAAAGCCAAAGAAAAUCUUGAAAUACUACACAACUUGUUGCCACUACUGUUAACUUAUCACACCACAGUGGCGUUCACGAAUUGGACAAACUCCAACAAUAUCCACAUCAACAACAACAACAUCAACGAGCGCUCAAAUCGCCCAGAAACACCCAACCAAACGUACGAGAUCGAAUUGUGCGACAACUUCGGCAACAAAAUGGGCAACGUCGUGCCAAUAGUCACCGAUCGGGUGAAUGACGUGCUGCCAGCAUUUGCCGGCAAUCAAUUCGAUCGUGCAUCGCCCAUUGCGAAUUUCAAUUGUGAAACUCAAUUCUACAACAAUGACACUCCCGAGGUGUCCAAUUGUGUGUGCCAGUACCUGAAGGAGGAAGUGAAGUGUCUGCGAAAUCAGAUUAAAGAUUUGAACUCGCGCCAUUACGAGGCCAUGGAGUCGGCCGACACACACUGGGUGGAGCUGGAGCGUCAAUAUAAGGAUCGCGAAGAGGCCUAUCGCGCCAAGGAGUGUUGCCUAAAAUCGAAAAUACAAAAACUGCAGGACUGCCUGCGUGACGAUGCACGUGCGGCCAACGAAAAGAUCUGUCAGCUGGAAGAGGCUGAGCGGGACUUGAAGAACUGUCUUGUGCGCGUUUCGAAGGAACAUCGUGAUUUAUUAGACGAUCACGAAUGCAUAACGAGCGAAUACGAGCGCGUGAAGUGCCAAGUGGAGAACUUGAAAGCACAACAGAAGCCAACACUUGACCAGCUCGAGCAGGAGAAGAAGCGCAAUAAGACGCUGAAUGAUGAGGUGAACUUUAUGCGUAAACUACAGCAAGAGACAGAAUCCAGAAAUUUAGCUGAAAUGGAAUCCUUACAAGGGCAACUAUUUGAACUGAAAAAGGAGUUCCUACACAUUGAGGUGACCAAUGGCGAGCUAAAGGAGGAAGUGGUAACCCUAGAGCAGCAAAUUGAAAAGUUGCAGCAGAACGAAAAGGAAUUGGAGGACAAGGUACGCGUACUGCAAGACGAGGUGAAGAGCAAGGAGGAGAUGGUGCAAAAGCUGGAAAAGCGACUAGAACGUUCAGAAGGCUAUAGUUUGGCGCAGGAGCUUAGCGGUAGUCCAUCGAAGCGGUUCAAGCGUGAGGACGUCAAAGAUUUAAAAACCGCCAGCACGGGUUUGGGCAAUGCUCUGCGUAACUUUAAGGAAUGUGAGACCAGUCUGCCAUCACAUCAGCAGUUUUCGAGUGUGGCGCGUGAUGUUAAACGUCUAGCGGACAGCUUGCUACAUGGCGAUUCAAUCGACGAUGAGGUAAGCAUUACUAUAGAAACUACUAAAGAGAAACCCGAAAACUCUGAGAAUGCGCGGUCAGAGUUAGAACUAAAUGAAGUGUACGCUGAAGAUAUUGAGGUACCCAAAGCAGCAGGAGAAGGUGGUGAUGACCGCGCGAACAGUCAGAAUUUCACCAUAGGAAUGGCGCUUAUGCCACAAUUCCUCAUCGAUGAAUGUCUCAUGCCACUGUUUAUGUCCCCUAAGAAAAAAGAAAACCCCACUAGUGUGAAACAAUUAAGCGAGGUGCCUUCCGAGUUGCGCAUGAUUUCGGAGGCUGGUACAUGUGAGACCACUAAAACGACCGAAACCAUUAAACGACUUUCGCUAGCGACCUUCCAAAGAAAUCGGAAACGACGUUUAAAGCGACGCGUACUUCAAACUCGAGUGCGUCGUAUUGUGUCGUGUUUCAAUGCGCGUCGGCCACCACGUUUCCACGAUGUCGUUGACAUAGACGUAAGCAAAUCCGAAGUGCUACACCGUUUCGAUAGCUUUCAUUCACUGCGCGAAGAUGCCACCGAGUCUCAACACAGAAUGGACGCAUUCACCGAAACGGUUUGCGACAAGCUCGAUAAAGAAACGGAAACGGAUAUCGUUUGUGUGGAGAGUAAGGAAAGCAGUGUGCAGGUGAACGAUGAUAUGAAUCCGGAGAGAAUACUCGAUCGUGUGCCCUCGCAGACACGCAUGUUUAUUAAUUUGCUAAAAACCUCCGUCGGGCAGGGCACUUCAGAGUUGACUGAGUUCAAUCAGAAUCUGCUGAAACGUUGGGAGGCCGACAAAGAAUUUCGUGAUGGCUUGCAUAUCUUACAAACCUAUUCAAUUUUCGACACCAACAACAACGAGACAGUAUCUGCAGAGAAUUAUGAGCAUUUCGUGAAUGCAAUGUCGUGUCUGCGUGUGCUCGAAGAACUCUUCAAACCGAUCAAAGUACCGAUUAUGCAAAAAAUCGAGGAUCAAAUUAACGAACAGCUCAUGAACUUCCAUUCGAAACGAAUGGAAUCGGAAUUCUAUUGCACCGUGUACUAUCCGGUGAAGCGGGCACUGAGCUCGGAUGUUUCCAGUGAAUAUGAUUUCCUCUUGACAAAAACAAUAUGAUUUGGCUGCGGAUCUGAAUGCGUACACUUUGAUUUACAUAUAAAUUUCCAAGAUAAAUUCAAAAUAUAUUCAGAAGUAUGUAUGUAUACAUGUAAGAGAUGAGACUGUGGUAGGAGUCUGUGUUUUUCAGAAAAUGCUUUUAACUUAAAUAGCCAAUGUCUAAAAAAAAGCUCUGUGAUGAAGAGCUUGAAUAAAUAAAUCGAUAUAAAUGAACGAAUAA